GGCCGGCGUCACGGCCGAGACUUUCUCCUGGCGACACCUCAGCCGCAAACUCGAGUCUAACCCCACGCUGCGCGCGCGCAGACCGUCUUCCACGCGCCGCGAACACUUCCGUGAACGAACCGCUUUCGCUCCGUAAACAGUGCGAACGUUACAUAUUUUUUAAACAACUGUUGAUGGAUAAUCAAGUGACAAUGCUUAUGAUCCCCAAUUUCUGAAAUUAAGAUAAUCACGCAACAUGCUACGCGUGAGCAUCUUUACGCUAGCGUCUGCGCUCGUGCUGUGUGCUGCUAACCCAGAGGUUUACUAUGAAAAGCAGCGCUACGAUGGAUGGUUCAACAACAGAGCCUACCCCGACUGGGGAUCCGUCGGCAGUCGCCUCACUCGUAAGACGCCGGCAUCAUACGCCGACGGGGUCUACAUGAUGGCCGGCGCUGAUAGGCCUGGGGCCAGGACUCUUUCCAAGCUAUUUAUGAGGGGACAAGAUGGACUGCCUUCGCUUGCCAACAGGACUGCUCUACUGGCUUUCUUUGGUCAAGUCGUAACUGGAGAAAUAGUGAUGGCAUCAGAAUCAGGCUGCCCCAUCGAGCACCACCGCAUCCCUGUGGACAAGUGCGACCACAUGUACGACCCUGACUGCCAGGGCGCCAAGUACAUGCCCUUCCUGAGGGCGGCGUACGACCGCGCGACGGGCCAGAGCCCUAACAGUCCUAGGGAACAAGUGAACCAGAUGACAUCGUGGAUCGAUGGUAGCUUCGUGUACAGCACGAGCGAGGCGUGGGUGAAUGCUAUGAGGUCAUUUCAGAAUGGAAGCCUAGCGAGUGAGGGAGGCAUGCCUCUGAGGAACACCAAGAGAGUGCCGCUGUUCAACAACCCUGUGCCCCACUACAUGCGCAUGCUCAGCCCUGAGAGGCUCUAUUUACUUGGAGACCCGCGCACGAACCAAAACCCAGCAAUGGUGACCUUCGGGAUUCUCCUUCUCCGAUGGCAUAACGUGGUGGCAGCCAGGGUGCACCGCCAGCAUCCUGACUGGAGUGACGAACAGCUGUUCCAGAGGGCGAGGAGGAUUGUCAUAGCUAGUCUACAGAACAUAAUCCUCUACGAAUACGUGCCAGCUUUUCUCGGCGUCCCAAUGCCCCCAUACAGCGGAUACAAGGCGGAGGUGGCCCCAGGAGUGACCCACUCGUUCGCAGUGGCUGCGUUCCGUUUCGGACAUACCCUGGUGCCACCCGCCAUCUUGUUGCGAGAUAGAAACUGCAGAUAUGGAAGGGCACCGGGCGGACAUGAUGCUAUAAGGCUGUGCCAGACCUGGUGGGAUGCCAAUGAUGUCGUGUCUCAAGUGCCAAUCGAAGAAGUCCUCAUGGGCAUGGCUUCACAGUUAUCAGAGAGGGAAGACGCUCUCCUGUGUUCAGAUGUUAGGGACAAUUUGUUUGGACCGAUGGAGUUCUCGAGGCGGGACCUCGGAGCCCUAAAUAUUAUGAGAGGAAGGGAUAAUGGCCUACCUGAUUAUAAUACGGCCAGGGAAUAUUUUGGAUUACAAAAAGUUAAAACGUUCAAUGAAAUAAAUCCAGCACUGUUUGAAAGUAAUCCAGAUUUGUUGCAAAGGCUUAUUCAAGCAUAUGAUGCUAGACUAGACAACAUUGAUGUUUAUAUUGGUGGUAUGUUAGAAUCAACUGGUCAUCCUGGAGAACUAUUCAGAGCAAUAAUCAUAGAUCAAUUUACGAGAAUUCGAGAUGCAGACCGGUUUUGGUUCGAGAACGAGAAAAGUGGUAUUUUCACCCGCGAAGAGAUCGAAGAGUUACGUCACAUCACGCUAUGGGACAUCAUAGUGAACAGCACGGCCGUGGGCCCGAAUGACAUCCAGCGUGACGUCUUCCACUGGCAGGCCGGCGACACGUGUCCGCAGCCGUACCAGCUCAACGCUUCCAAACUUCCGCCCUGCAAGUACUUGAAGGGCUACGAUUACUUUGAGGGUAACGAGUUCGCCUAUAUCUACACAUGCUUAGCGUUGGCAUUCGUACCUAUACUAUGCGGCGGCGCAGCAUAUGGAGUGGUCAAGUUACAAAAUAGUCGCCGGCGUAAACUGAAAAUACAGCAAGAACAUCUGAAAAAUGCUCAUCACAAAGGUUCAGUAGACAAGAUGGUGUGUCGCGAGUGGGUGCACGCGUCCCACAAGCGGCUGGUGAAGCUGCGGCUGGGCCCGGAGCCCGCGCUGCACGUCACGGACCGCAAGGGCGACAAGCUGCGCACCGUGCCGCUCGACCACACCGACCACCUCACGGUGCUCGAGAGUCAGGAAGGUCGCAACAACAAACGUCCACUGGUCCUGAUCCGCGCUCCUCGUGAGCACGACCUGGUGCUGGAGAUGGACACUGUGGCUUCGAGAAGAAAGUUUCUCGUCAAGCUUGACACCUUUCUAGGGCAGCAUAAGAAAGCGCUCAGCUUAAGUCAGGGCCAUAGAGACCAGAUUCUGGCCACAGCGGAGACGAGGGAGCGGCGCCAGCGCAGACUGGAGCACUUCUUCAGAGAAGCGUACGCGAUCACGUUCGGGCUCGCGCCCGGGGAGAAAAGGCGUCGUUCUGAGGAUGCUGACCCUGAGUCAAUAGUAAUGAGAACUUCUCUAUCAAAGAGUGAGUUCGCAAGCGCUCUCGGAAUGAAAGCUGAUGCAGUAUUUGUGAAGAAGAUGUUCAAUAUUGUCGAUAAAGAUGGCGAUGGAAGGAUCUCAUUUCAGGAAUUUUUAGACACUGUGGUACUAUUCUCUCGCGGCGCCACUGAAGACAAACUGCGCAUAAUAUUCGACAUGUGUGACAAUGACCGCAAUGGAGUGAUUGACAAAGGAGAACUGAGUGAGAUGUUACGUUCUUUGGUGGAGAUAGCGCGGACCACCUCGCUCAGAGACGAGCACGUGACUGAGCUCAUUGAUGGGAUGUUCCUGGAUGCUGGUUUACAACACAAAGAUCACCUGACGUACUCAGACUUCAAAGUAAUGAUGAAGGAAUACAAAGGAGAAUUCGUCGCGAUUGGAUUGGACUGUAAGGGAGCCAAACAGAACUUCUUGGACACCUCCACCAAUGUAGCCAGAAUGACUAGUUUUCACAUAGAACCUUCAAUGGAACAGUCCAGACAUUGGCUUCUUCUAAAAUGGGACUAUCUGACGACAUUCCUAGAAGAAAACCGGCAGAACAUUUUCUACCUGUUCAUAUUCUACGUGGUGACCAUCGGAUUAUUUGUGGAGAGAUUCGCGCACUACUCCUUCAUGUCCGAACACCUGGACUUGAGGCACAUCAUGGGAGUGGGCAUCGCUAUUACUAGAGGAUCAGCGGCGGCUUUGUCCUUCUGCUAUAGUUUGCUGUUGCUGACUAUGUCCAGGAAUUUGCUCACGAAAUUAAAGGAGUUCAGCAUCCAGCAGUACAUUCCGCUGGACUCAAGCAUCCAGUUCCACAAGAUCGUGGCCUGCACGGCUCUAUUCUUCUCCCUCCUCCACACGGCCGGCCACAUGGUCAAUUUCUACCACGUCUCCACGCAGCCCGUCGAGAAUCUCCGGUGUCUUACUAAAGAGGUUCACUUCACAUCAGAUUUUCGACCUGGGAUCACGUACUGGGUAUUCCAGACUGUUACUGGCAUAACAGGAGUGGUGCUGUUCGUGAUAAUGUGCAUAAUCUUCGUAUUCGCGCACGGCACAGUACGCAAGCGCGCGUACCCGUGGUUCUGGCGCGCGCACAGCCUGCACGUCGCGCUGUACGCGCUGUGCCUCGUGCACGGGCUCGCGCGGCUCACCGGCGCGCCGCGCUUCUGGAUCUUCUUCCUUGGACCGGCCAUCAUAUACACUUUAGAUAAGGUGGUGUCAUUACGAACAAAAUACCUCGCGUUAGAUGUGUUAGAAACGGAGAUGCUGCCGUCGGAUGUGAUCAAAAUAAAGUUUUACAGACCACCAAAUUUAAAGUAUUUGUCAGGUCAAUGGGUAAGACUAGCUUGCACAGCGUUCAAAAAGGAAGAGUUCCACUCAUUCACACUAACGUCAGCUCCCCAUGAGAACUUCCUCUCCUGUCACAUCAAAGCUCAGGGACCUUGGACCUGGAAACUCAGGAAUUACUUCGAUCCUUGCAAUUUUAAUCCAGAAGACCAACCUAAGAUUAGGAUCCAAGGGCCUUUUGGUGGUGGCAAUCAAGACUGGUACAAGUUCGAGGUAGCCGUGAUGGUGGGCGGGGGCAUCGGAGUCACGCCGUAUGCUUCUAUACUGAACGACCUUGUGUUCGGAACCUCCACCAAUAGAUAUUCUGGUGUCGCUUGUAAAAAGGUAUACUUCCUGUGGAUCUGCCCGUCGCACAAGCACUUCGAGUGGUUCAUCGACGUACUGCGCGACGUGGAGCGCAAGGACGUCACCAAUGUGCUCGAGAUACACAUCUUCAUCACGCAGUUCUUCCACAAGUUCGACUUGAGGACCACCAUGCUCUACAUAUGCGAGAACCACUUCCAAAGGCUGUCCCGAACGUCCAUGUUCACGGGACUGAAGGCGGUAAAUCACUUUGGAAGGCCAGACAUGUCUUCCUUCCUCAAAUUUGUGCAGAAGAAACACAGUUAUGUAUCAAAGAUCGGCGUGUUCUCGUGCGGCCCGCGCCCGCUGACCAAAAGCAUCAUGUCUGCGUGCGAGCAAGUCAACCGCACCCGGCGACUGCCUUACUUUAUUCACCACUUCGAGAACUUUGGCUAACCUACGCUGGCCUUUACGAACGCUCCCUUUUUGUGCUGGUCUCAUUUGAUUUAUGAGAAGAUUGAUGAAACUGUUCUGUUUCUUGUGGUUUCUUCUUAUAAUUUAUUUUUAACUUAAGUCAAAUUAUAUAAAUCCAUGUAAUGACCAACAUUGUUCUCAUGACAUAAAGUAAAAAUGCAUCUCUACCAGUUAAAUCCUUAGAACAAAUUGUAGGUACCUAAGUAUAGUGAAUAUUAAAACGCUGGUAAUAAAUGUAAUGAUAUGAUAUAAUAUGCAUUCACUGUAUUUGGUUACUUUUUGUUUGGUCUGAUAAUGUUUCUUCUCGAAUUCAAAUGGGAUAGCUAGCUUAAAAAUCCAUUUAGACUAUGAAUCAACAGAUUCUAAACCCUUAACUGCCAGCUGAUGGUGAUUGAUAAAUGAAAGAUAGAAGUAAUAAAUUCAGUUGUUGUCACUAUUUAGUUCAUUAGUUAAAAGUAGAGAAAACGAAGUAAUUAAAUGCAUUGAAUUAAUGGAUCGGAUUCAUAAAAAAUCGAGUCGAAUUUUUAAAAUUUGAAUGAGUCUGAUUCUCGAAUGCCAAAAUUAAUAAAUCAAUGGUUACUUCCUAUUGUUAAUUUAUUUAUUGUUUAGUUUUUAUGCUUAAAUGAAUGAUUAUCGACGCAAUGUCGCAGUACAAAUACGAAACAGUGCAUUUUUCUGUACAAACCACUGAUUACCAAGAUAUUACUUUUGCAUUAUAUAAUACUCAUUGCGAUCUGAAUUAAAUAUUUUAGCUUUUAUUUAUGUUUGUAAAUUUUGAUAUAAAAAUGUUAUGUAAAUAA